UUAUUUGGAUAUGAAUAUGAUCCUGUAACUUUGAAAAAGAUUAAUGGAAUAGGAUGGCAUAUGGUUAAUCGGGUCACUUGUAGCGCUGAUAGUAUUUCAAGACUCACUAAUCCUCAAAUUCAAUAUAUUAUAGAUUAUGUGACUUCGAAAACCGUUAACAAUGUUAACGAUCAGGAGUCGAAAUCAACAGAAACCGAG